CCUAAAAAUACUCAUAGUGCUACAAGAGGAUAAACAAAUUAAAUUUAUUAUUAAGUAAAUAGAAUUUAAAAAUAUGUUGCCCCUUAGUUACGGCAAUAUAUACCAAACCCCUGACGAUCAUAAACCGCCCGAGGAGACGGAUUUGGCUGACGACACUGACUAUCCCAACUUGAAUUCACGCGAUUAUGCUAGACGUCCCUUAAAUCAUACAGUCCGUAUGCAUGAGGCUUGGGAAUGUAUAUCGAUCAAUACGCCCUGUUCCGAUGAACGUGGUAAUAUUGCAAUUUGUUGUAAUAAAUUAAACGGGCGUGAAUGGACGGGCGCGUUAUGGGGUUUCGAAAAGGCAGAAAUUGUCCGAAAUAAAGAGUCAAUUCUACCUGAAUUAGCCUGCUACAAACUGCAGUGUCCUGCUGUUAUAAAUUGCUUGGAAUAUGCCACUCUGGACAUUUUGUUGUUAGCUUUUAAUAAUGGAUCCCUCCAAGUGUGGUCCACGCACUCAGAAGUACGCAAAUCCCACAAUCCAUAUUGUUUAUUUAAAAUUGGAGAAAAAAUUGAACACAUGAAACCGAUUACAUCUCUGGCGGUGUUUAAAGCCAACCCAAAUAAAGUAGCCACCGGUAGUAAAGAUGGUGCAAUUAAGGAAAGUAGGCAUGGUAUAUAUUUGUUUCAACUUGUAUGGCCUAAUUUUUUGUUUUUUUUUUAAAUUUAGAUUUGGGAUUUGGGUACAGCUGAUCUCAUUUCCAAAGGAGGUUUUCGUUUCGCCCAUACCGAUGCAAUAACAGCUUUAGCUGCCCAUAGGUCAAAUCAAAAUAUUUUUACCACUUGUUCCUUGGAUAAAUCUUGCCUUUAUUGGGAUGAUCGGGAAACUCGUCCUGCUAUAGCUCUUUAUGAAAAUCAUAGCGUCCAGUUGAAACAUGUCUGUUAUGCCGUCGAGUCUGAUAAUGAAAAUAUUAUAUACUUAGGAGACGAAUCGGGCUGCAUUUUAGUUAUAGAUAUACGACAGCCCAAACAAAUUCAAAAGCAAACAAAAUAUUUUGAAAGACCUAUAAGGAAAAUUAUGCCAAAUGGAGACAACAUUGCAGUUAUCUCAGAUUCAAAUGUAGUUAAAAUAGCGAAAUCAUCAAACAAAUCUAUAUUCUAUGAAAAUAAUGAGACACAAAACUUUAUAAGGGAUGGAGCUUGGCUUUCGGCGGCCGAAUUCUUAACCGUGGGUUUCGAAGGGAAAUUAAGAAGUCAUAUAAUAUAAAAAUAACUAAUUUUUUUAAUUUUUUAUUUAAACUACCAUAUAUGUAUAUAAUUCAAUUUAGGUAAAAACAUAGGCUUUCCUAAAGGACGAAGGCUAUAAUCUAAGAAUUUACAAGUGUAUAAUGCGGAUAAACGUUGUAAUUUUAGUAAUAGUAUAUCAUGAUACAUUUUAAAGAAAAAGUAAUAUAUGAACUUAGUUCUUAUAAAAUUAAAGAAGCACAAAAAGUA